AUGUUUUGGGGUUGUUUCGGUUACAAUGGGGUUGAACCUUUGCAGGCUAUUGACGGUAUGAUGCGUUCUGAGCAUACCGUAUUUUGUUUUCUUUUUUCAGCACUGCUUGUUUAUCGAGUAUUUCGCAAUCAGAGAAAACAGUCAUUGAAGCUUUUGCAUUUUGGUCUUCAUACUGCAGCUUUCAUAUUCACCAUCGUCUCUCUCAAAGCUGUAUUCGAUUCGCACAAUUUACCCGCCAAACCCAUUCCAAACCUUUACUCUCUGCACAGUUGGCUCGGUCUGACGGCCGUUAUUCUCUUUGCCAUGCAAUACACGUUUGGAUUUCUGGCGUUCCUUUCUCCUGGUUUGACAAAGAUUUGGCGAACAAAGUACCUUCCUCUUCAUGUUUUCUUUGGUUUGUCAAUCUUCAUAAUGGGUGUUGCAGCCUGUUUAAUUGGUAUAACAGAAAAACUAAUAUUUGCUUCGCCUGGAGGAUACGGUAGCCUUCCAUCAACUGCUGUUAUAGGCAACCUACUAGGUUACUGCCUAAUCUUAUUCGCUAUUUUUAUUGGAUACUUAGUGGUUACUCCAGAGUUUAAGAGACGUCUGCUGCCCGAAGAAGUUCAACUUCAAUUAGAACAGAAUCCAAACUGAAGUGCUGUCAUUUAUCCUUUACCUCUUAAUGCAGUUUACUUAUGAUUUCAUCCAAGUGUUGCUGAGAUAAUUUAUUUAACAUUUUGAACUGUGACCUGCUAGAUAUCUGAUGUGUCUUGGUGUGACAAAUCUGGCUUCUUUUUUUUUAUGUGCAGAUAUUCAAAUGGCAUAAAUUCCUGUGAUAUCUUCGAAGCUUGAUCUGUGCGAAAUUUUCAAUGUUUUGAAGAAAUUAUGAGUUAUGGUUUUGAUUUAGUCAGGCACAAACAUGCCAACUAUUUCAUUUUUUUGUGACGUUUUAGGACACUAACAUUUGACCAAAGCAAAGUUGCCGUUAUCCAAAACAAAACCGAAAAUGCUCUUCAGUAUAUAAUAUGUAACAGAUGUUGAUUUUAUUAUUUUGUCGCAUGACUAACUGGUAACCUUUCACUUGAGACUAGGUAACUGAAAUUAUUUGCGAUCGAGAGGAAUAAUUUGUUUUAUUUGAGAUAAAUUGAAUGAAUGUGUUUCAAGUGAUAAAGGAUAUUUAAAAUAAUCUCUUGAUAUAUCGCUAAGAAAUCAAAAACGAAAAUAUGUAAUUAGAUUUAACAUUUUAACUAUAGCUUUUUCACCAUACAUGUUUGAUGGUUUAAAAUGAACAAUGUUUAUAAAACAAAGACCUUUUUGCUAAGGUAUUAUUAACUAUAUUGCCAAAAAUUAUUUUUUAUUUUCAACCUUGUAAUAAUGAUUUAUGUGUUUUAUUCAAUUUUAUAAAAUGUGUCACAAUUUCAAAAACUUUUUAAGAACUGGCAUUUUUUUAAUAAAGCAUUUAUAUUUUUUUUAUCAUGCUUAAGAUUUUUGGGUUAUUGCAUAGUGUGUAAUGAGUCAAGUGUUAUUUCUGUUAAUGUUUUUUUUUUCACAGAGUUUUACAUUAAAUAGUAUAUUGUAUGUUUUGCACUUGUAACCUAAUACGUAUGCAUUCCCUGGUUUAAAAUAUACCAUUAUACAUUAAUAUUUUUUAUUAUAUGCUUUAAAAAAUCUCAUUUUUAAACCAAUAAGUUCAUCCUUCUUUUCGUAAUUUUUAGAACAAAAUAUAAAUGCAUGUUUUCACUUUAUUAAUAAAAUCACAUGUACUAAAGAAUUAUUAAAUUUGACUAAUGACCAUCUUUUUUUUCCUACGCAUUUAUUUAUAAACUUUUGAAGAAUUUGAAACAGCAUGACACAUCCUAGUUUCCACAGAAGAUCAAAUUGAUGUGUGAAAGUUUCGUCAUAAAUGUAUGGAGCUUCGUGUGCCUCGUGUUCCGCCCGCUUAAUGUGAAAACAAUUCAAUACAUUCCUUCUUUUCUCUCAACAUAUCUCUGUAUAGUGUGGUCAAAUUAGUUUUUAUAAGUAGUCACUAUACACAUAUCUCUAUAUACAUGUAAACUUUCAACAACUCUUUACCUUGACGUUGUUGAGGGACUACGGCUUUUUAAAUAUAAAAAAUUGCUCGUACAAUACAAGUUGGUACAAAAUUAAUUUUACACAACACUAUUAGUGUCAGCCAGAGCCCUCGUAAAUGUGGGUAGAAUGGCCUCAAGACAUAUGUACCGUAAAAAGUCGGGGAAAAGAAAUCAAUUUAUGUUCAAGGUACUUAAAAGUCAUAUAUAUAUAUACUCAACUCUAAUGUGAAAUAUUUUUUUAAGUUUAAAAAUAGGGCAUAACUGAAAGAAUAAUAAUCAAUUUUAUACCAAUGGUUAUGAAAAUCAAGGAAAUUAAAUAAGAUCAGUUUAGAAAAUAAUUGGUCUGAAUAAUUUAAAAAUUUAUAUUUUCAACUCUAUCAUGUGUUAUUAUUUUUAAGUUUAAGAAUGAGGCAUAACUGAAAAAUUAACAUUCAAAUUUAUACUAGGAAAUAUAAAAAUCAGGAAAAUUUAUUAUCAAUUCUGAAAAAUCAGAGAACAGUUGAGAAUUUUUCGUCUAAUUAUUUGGGGCCAUCUCGAAAGAUAUUUGCAUUUCUUAAGCCCUAGAGAGCCGGACAUCAGCGAUAUUCAAAAAAAGGAAUAUUUUUAUUAAUUAAGAUUUUAAUUUUUUAAAUUCUCUUUUAUGAGUAUGGUUCUUGGCGACCUCGAUUUAUAAAUUUCUUUUGACAGAAAUCAAAAGCAUAAAUUAAAAAUAUAAAAUAUAUUUGAACAUUUGUAAAUGAAUACUCCUUACUUUCAAAAUUGAAAAUAAUAAUAGUAAAAUAAAUGAAAAAUUAAGUUGUCUGCUUUUAGGUAUAAAAUUCGAGAGAAAAAUAGUCGGAUUUUAAUAAAUCCAUUCCAUUUUCCUCUCAACUCCCACAAAAAUAAAACAUUUAAAAGGCCUCGCAAAUAUUUUACCCAGAAACUUGAUAAGUCUAACGAAGGCUCUGGUGUUUGCUAAAUUAGAUGUAAACUUGCGUUCAAUUACUUACAAAAAAAGUGGAUAUUACGUAUGAAUUUAUAUUUAUAAUCGGCAAAACAUUUAACUGUUUUAGUAAUUUAAAAAAUAUAAAAAUGAACUAAGCUUGAAUUUGAUAGCUUAAGCAUAAAGAUUUUCAAACAAUCGUAAUUUCUUUAUUGAACGCAGCUGAGAAUUUUUUACUAAAAAAACUUAAUACUGAAUUGAUAGUUUAAUUGCUCAAACAAAUUACUAAAUAUAUAUUUUAUUAUUCAACUUAAAUUAUUUUUCAAAUGAAGAAACAUCACAUUUCACGAUAAAAUCGUGCUUCGAUUUAUACUUCAUCUAUAAAUUACCAACAUACUUAUUAGUAAGAAAUGACCAAUGUUAUAUAACAGAGGCAAUUAAUUGUAUUUUAUCUAAAAAAAGGUGAUUUACAAAUGAAACUAUAUUUAUAUGUAAUUAGUAAAGUUAUGUAACUAAAAUUGCAUUUUUUUAUACUUUUACUAAUUUUUUAAAAAAAUUUUUACAUUUAUUUGUUUUUGGUUGUUCUUCAUGAAAUGUAAAUGAGUUUAUACUGGCCUCUUGAGAAGGAUAUGCUUUGCUGUCUGGGCAAAUAGAGUUUAGCCAGUGCAAGGCGACUUGUGUUUAUUCCUGUAUUUUGACAAUUCACUUUUUAACUAUUAUAAAAAAGAAUUGUACUUAGUGAAAAAAAUUUACGAAUAUAUCCUGAAGUGGUUAAAAAGAUACCUUGCCAUUGGCAUAAAGGAGCCAGCUAUCACAUUUAACAUUUCAUGUUAUAAAAUCUUUACCAAAUACAAUCAAAAUGGGUCUCUGCAGAUAGCAAAAAAAAAAAAAUUUUAACCUCACCCAUGUAAUUUGCUGUUAACAACGUCAAAAUUAAAAAAUCCAAUGUCUGUCAUUGUUUCUAAUAUAAUGACUUUCUUUGUAACUAUUUUAUAGAAUGCGUUAUUUACUGUUAAUCACUGUUCUCAACUUUUUUAAACGGGAAGUAAAAAUUUAAAAAAAAAAUUUUUUUGAAGCAAUAUUAAACUAAAUCUUUUUUAAGAUACAUUUCUUUUAAAAUUAAUAAGCAUUUAUUGUAAUUGUUAGGAUAAACUUAUAUAAUUCAUUGAUAUUUCAUAAUUAUUCUACUAAUGAACUACAAACAUAUUUGCUCUAUAAAUGUUGAGAAAUUUUACUGUGCUUUUUAUUGUGUCUGUAGGUUGUGUUUUGCCACUCUGUUCAAAAUCACUGUUGAAAAAUAUCAGUGAUAUGUCUUUCAUUCAUUUUUACGUUUCAAAGGUUUGAUUUUGUUUGCAAUUCUGUAUUAUAAUAAAUAUAUAUAUUUCGUUGUUG